AAUUUCGGAUUCUAUAAAAAACACAACUUUUGUAAAUUCAGAGCUCUUACGGUCGAAGGUCCAUAUUAGUCAUUUUUAAUUAUUUAUGAAUGGCGGAAUUGUUAUUAAAAUAUCGAGAUUUGAAUGAAUCAGAUAAAGAAUGGCACUAUCGUAAAAACUUUCUCCAACACUAUAUGAAUACAUUUAAAGAUAAAAAUAGAUUAAUUUGCUUGUCAAAAGUAUAUGCUAAUAUAGAAUUUUUAGGAUGCAGUUAUCCAUCUGUUGUCAUGGAAGAAAUUGAUGAACUAACUAAAAAUAUUACAUUAGAUGAACAUAGCAAUGAACAAUUAUUGCCACAACCAAAAAAGUUAAAAAAGAAAUCUGAUUUUAUUGUGGAAGAUGAAAAAAAAAUAAGAAAGUCAAAGAACCAAAUUCUAAGUUUGACUUUGAGAACGAAUCCUAUCAAUGGCUGUGAUGAUUAUGAAAAUAUAAAUGAAAGGGAUACGUUGAAUCAUAAUCCUUUAUUAUCUCAUAUAAGUGAAACAACUGUUACUGAUAGUAAUAUUUACCAUAAAGAGAAACACCAACCUGAUUUAAAAAAUGGCAACAUAACAAAGGUAUCCUUUGAUCCGACAGAAUUUUUAGAUUCCCCCCAUUUGUGCGAAACUCCUUUGCAAUUAAUCCAAUCAGAAGCUGCUAAAAAUAUCGAUCAAAAAAAGAAAAAUAAUAAAAGCCUCACAGCUACUACUACUACUGGCCAUAUUGAACAUAGCGCAUCUCUCAACAGCUCUUCAAAUGCCAACCUACGUGGAGAAUGUAAGGUCAAUAAAAGCGCCAAAUGCGUUAGCAGCAAAAAUAAUAUGAAGAAGAACACCAAAGUUGAACGUGAGAUGUACAGUGAAAUUUCUUGCUCUACUAUUGAGAAAAUUUUUAACAACAUAAGUUUAGCUGCCCUUAAACACUUAUCUUUAGAACCAGUCGAUUCGAAACCCUCAAUACCAGAUACCCCCAAAAUUAUCGUUGGCCAGGUCAAAAAUAAUAACGAGAAACCAACAGUUGAAAACGCUUUCAAAAAGGAUGCAACGAAUAAAAGCGUUAUUGAAAAGGACGCGUCUUACGAUACACGUCCCGCUGGUAGGGAAUCGGAUUCAAAUGGCGUAAAGCUGGAUACACCCUCCGAUGCCCUCGAAAAUGUGACCCCAUUAUGGCCGUUAAAUGCGAAGCAUAAUUCGACACCGAUUGGCGGAAGAAUAAAGAAAUGUAAAAAAGGUUCGGACACCCAAAAAGGCACUCCAUUUUCCACCACGAACGAGGUCAAAUGUGGCGCCAAAACUGGCACCUUAAACGGAACACCAUCCGGUACGCCGAAUUUAAAAACGAUUAAUAACAAGGCAAAAAUUUUUGAAGGCAAAAAAAACGGUAAAGAGGACAAAAAUUUGAAGCUUGAAAAGGAUGUUUCAUCUAACGAAGGAAAUGGAGGAAUAUUCGGCAUCUAUGAUAGAGACCAUAAUGUUAUAGGGCAAAUAGACACGGGUAAAGAUGAGAUCAUAUCUAAAUGCUUCCAAGGUCCCUCUGGAUGUUUCAGCAAUGCUAAACGCCGGAUACUUGAGCGAGCUUACAUGGCGGAUACGAGCAGCGGGAACUAUAUGCGACGAGAAAAUUUCGCGCCCCCUUUAGCCAAUUUCGCGCCCCCUUUAGCCAAUUUCGCGCCCCCUUUAGCGGAUUUUGAUCGCAUGCGGAUAGAUGCUAAUUACUUUGCGAAAGUUGGAUACUCGUUAAAUGGAUCAUUUCUAUCGCUUGACGUAGAGAAUUUGGAAUACCUCGUGGAAACAAAUCAAUUCCAGUUAUUCCAGCGUAAAAUUGAUCCUUCUUUCUUUCCCAUCUCUCAAUGCGAUAUGCUAAUGCGAAACCUAAAGUUUAAACCGUAUCUGACCAUCCCUGCUAACGAAAGCGUCGGCGUGAAAAAUUGUCUUCACUCAAUUUCACAGUUAAAUAUGAAAUGCGAGAUUACCACAAUUAGCGGACCGAAUAGGUCUUUCAGAAUCGAAAUAUAUUACGGUGACUUUUUGAUGACGUCUGUCAAUCAUUAUUCUUCCCACUUUGCUCAGAAUUUGGCUUGUAUUCAGACCUUCAACAUUUUGAAAUACAUUCUCCCUUACAUCAUAGUGGAAAAAGACAUGACGGAUUGUCCAUCUAACUUCGAAGAACUCCUACCUCUUCUGUUGUCUGAUGGCGUUGACGGAACGACCAAAACUGUAAAAGGGAAGCAAGCUCCGUUGACCGAAAAUAAUAUCGGUUUCCAAAUGUUAGCGAAGAUGGGCUGGAAAGGCGGAAAUUUGGGGAAACAAUCCGACGAGGCGGAUAACGAAAGUUAUAGAGCGAAAUUGGAUCAAAUUUUAGCCAAUCAAGGCCGUAAACAUUUUUCCCGCCCUGAUAUUCCUCCCCUUAUGGCCUUGCCGACGAAGAGCGUUAAAACUUCCACUCUCGACACAAAACAAUGGGGCAAAAUCGCCUCACGUUUCCAGUGCCUCUCAUUGAAUACGGAAGACGGAAUCCGAUUCGACACUCUGGUUUUUGAACCAACGCUUACAGUCAAGCUAAGGAGUAUCGUACAUCAAUCCUGCAUGAAACUCGACGUGAAGGCCACGAGUUACGGGAAGGGGUCGCAGAGACGCCUACACAUUUUUCCUUUCAAAAGUUACAGACACUUAUUGAGACACUUGAGCCAGGAAUCCUUGAUACCCCCGCUGAGAAGUGCGUGGCUAGCGCAAUACAUGGACGAAAAGGACUCCUCUUGCGGUAAUAAGAAAAAUAAGAGCAAAUCCAGGAGGGAGUCAAAAAUGGCCUCUAGAAUGCCCGGGAAAGUAUCUGGGCAAGAGACCGAGAACUUGAUUUCGAGCCAGAAGCUCCAUGAUCGUUUGAGGGACGGAGGGACGAUCGCCCAGGAGCCAUGGAAUCAAUUACCCAUUUAUCCCACAUCUUUACUCUCCUCUCAUUCGAAACGGCUCAAAAAUAGCGAAAUGAUGUACGAUCAUCAUAUGCCUAUCAACGAUUCUGCCAUCCCGCAGGUACACCAAGAAGGGUACAUGACGAACGAACCUAAUUAUCAGCCAAUGAAUUUGGAGCUGGAGGACUAUCAGGAUAUUCAAAUCAAAAGUCAGCCCGAUUCUCACCCCAUGCUCGAUCCCGACAUGGAAUCAUUCUUUUCCGGAAACUCAUUUCCCCUAUCCCGAAUGAACCCCGAAUAUUUCGAGUUGAUCCACGAGAAUAACUCCUUAGUGUUUUACAAAAACACGCUCCUGGACAAGACGGAUGCUUUCAGGGUAUUCGACCCGUUAAGAGAAUUCCUUAAAGAAUAUUUCGUAUUACCGAUCCGUGACAUAGAUAAUCUGAAUUACAUAAUCGAUACCAAUAAACGCAUUCGUUCACGUUUAAAAAUCGUCUGCCGCCAGCAAGAAAAUUCUUUUUUUAUGACAUGCGUUUCUCUUAACAAAUUCAUGAUUACCUCGGAAUGUCAUCCAUCCAAAGGAUAUUCAAGAAUAUCGGCUUUAGCAAAAACUGCCAAUAUCAUGAAACACAUUUCUCCCUACAUAAUCUUGGAAAAAAACAUGAGCAAAGUUCCGCCCAACAUCCGAACAAUCAUUUUACCCGCCACUUUCGAUUUUAUCAUGAAACUUAACUCGAAGAAAUCUUGGAAUGGAAAGACCGAAUUCUCGCCAUUCAAUUCAAAUACUAUCGAAAGGAUGUCAAUCGAUUCUGCCAACAGUAUUAUCCCCUCUUCUCAGAGUCACUCCUUCGAUCAGAUCCUAGAAGCUUUACUCGUAGAUUUUUCAAAGAGAAAUGCUCUUCACGCGACAGCGAGAGCUAUGCAUACUACCGGAACUUUUGACGCUCUCAUUUUGGAUAGAAAAUUUACGCCGGACGAAUUGACGCGAAUCAGAAACGCUUCCACCAGGAUGGGAUUCGAAGCCAAAUUACACGACGCGACUUUGUUUGUUCUCCCUUAUCCCAAUUACGACGUAUUCAUCGCCGACGUCAUAGCUACUCCUUCUACGUCAAAGGACAGUAGGUUUCGCUUUCCAGACCAGACUUACCCUCAUAACUCUCAAAAUUUCUCAGCUUUCCAAAAUGGGCCUAAAGGUAAGGGCAGCAACGUUAUCUAUUACCAAUCGACAUCUCCCCCUUACGACAAUAUACUUGGCCGAUUUUCUAAAAACCGUUCGUCUAAUCUCGAGAAAUCAAAUAUAUCGCCCGUCCCUCUCAAUAUUACGUUCAAUGCCAAUCAUAUUUUACCGCGACGCAUAACGCCCAUUACUAACUACGGCUAUUUUAGUAAUAAUAUACCCUCUAAUCAUAAUGAUAACAACGUUUUCGCGAACAACAUGGACCAAGGGGUUAGCUGUACUAGUAGUAGUGAUAACUGUAGUUCUUAUUACCCCGAAUAUUACGAAUAUGGUAGCGGCAGAGAUGAAAAAGGCGCCACGCGCUCAUCGAAUUACCAAGGCAAUAAUAAUGAUUUCGACGGAAAGCGUAUUAAUAAUGAUUUAAGCGAAAAGCGACCCUAUUAUUAUCAGCAGAAUUCUCCUUUCGAAUAUGAAUGAUUAUUUAGCAAGAAUUUUAAAGAAUAUUUACAUAAAAAAUGAUAUCUACUAAAUUACCAACACUGCU